CUUCACAAAGCAAUUUGAAGUCUGAAACUGCGUGCCGGUCCCACUACGACGUCGUUUGCUCUUGGUUAUCCUCGUCUUCAAGUUGUUUAAAGACGUAGACUCUUCGAAUUCGAUCUGAGCUCUCGCAAAAAGUGAGCUUUUUAGGUCAUUAGAUUUUCACAGUGUAUGUAUACAUAAAUAUAUAUAGAGAGAGAGGAUAUGCAAACAGAAGCUAGAGUGGGAAUGGUGGUGGAAGCGAGGGGGCAGGUGGCGAUAAAUUCGGGCCACGGCGGCGUUGUCGGCGAAGGCGGUGCUGCGCAUAAGUUGGCGCAAUCGCAGAUUGGAACGAUUUCGCAGCUUCUCGCCGGCGGUGUCGCCGGCGCAGUGAGCAAGACCUGUACGGCACCGCUCGGUCGCCUUACUAUACUCUUUCAGGUGCAAGGCAUGCACUCUGAUGUAGCUGCAUUGAGAAAGGCCAGCAUAUGGCAUGAGGCUUCGCGUAUUGUUGGUGAGGAAGGAUUUCGGGCUUUCUGGAAAGGGAAUCUGGUCACCAUUGCCCAUCGUCUUCCUUAUUCUUCCAUCAGCUUUUAUGCAUUUGAACAGUACAAGAAUUUACUACAGUUGAUUCCGGGACUGGAAAGUCACGGGGAAAAUCCAAGUGCAGACCUUUGUGUGCGACUUGUAGGUGGUGGUUUGGCUGGAAUUACUGCUGCAUCCAUCACAUAUCCUUUGGAUCUUGUGAGGACACGUCUUGCAGCUCAGACAAAUGUAAUCUACUACAGAGGUAUAGGGCAUACUCUACGUACCAUUACCAGGGAAGAGGGCGCCUUUGGCCUCUAUAAAGGACUCGGGGCAACGUUGCUGGGUGUUGGGCCUAAUUUAGCAAUCAGCUUUUCAGUUUAUGACACCUUAAAAUCUUAUUGGCACUCACACAGAUCCAAUUACUCUAAUGCCCUGGUCAGCCUUGCUUGUGGUAGUCUUUCAGGCAUUGCAUCAUCAACAGUAACAUUCCCUCUGGACCUUGUGAGGCGACGGAUGCAGUUGGAAGGAGCAGGUGGCCGAGCCCGUGUUUACAAGACAGGCCUUUUUGGUGCAUUUAGACACAUAAUCCGAACUGAAGGUCUGCGUGGUUUGUACAGAGGGAUUCUGCCCGAGUACUACAAGGUAGUGCCAAGUGUUGGUAUCGUUUUUAUGACUUACGAGAAACUGAAGCAGCUUUUAUCAGAUAUACCUGCCAGUUGAUCGGUUGCUGCUCAUAUCUAAAGAUGAGGAUGUUGAUGAAAAAGGAUGGGAUUGUUGGUUGUAGUAGUUAGAGUUGAAAGAAGGAUUAUUAUGUGAUAUUUCCCCUGGUUAAUCUCAUGGUAGUAAAUUGUGUAUGCUGCUAUGAAGAACCAUAUUUUUCCAUGUACAGAUUGGGAGAGAUUUGCCCAGAUAGUCACAUGAUGUACUAUUUACUGUUGUUCUUCAAACAUCUCUCAGUAACGUGAAUAGCAUUGAACAUUAUUUA